AUGGAGAAGUUGGACGAAGGCAUGUUCGGGAUUCUUCUCAAGUUCGUGCGCCCAGAAGAAGCAUGCAGGCUGGGAGCAACAUCCAGAACGUUCUUGCGAUGGACGGAACAGAGCGCUCUGUGGAAAGGCUGGUGCGAAGAAGCGUUUCCUUCGAUCACGACCUCCCCUGCGAAGAAGACUGUGCGCGUGCUUUGUGAGCGCGUGGAGACAGACUCUGAGCGCGCGCGCGCAUACAAGCGGCUGUACGCCGCGCCGCAAGGGAGCCAGCGCGCAUCUCAGAGCGUUCCGGCGGAACCUCCUUCCGCUCCCUCCUGGUCUGGCCUCGUCUCUCAGCUCCAAGAUUCCGUCCUUCUGGUGGACGUGUUUGCGGGAGAGGAGGCUGUUCUGGCAUGCUCGAUCGACGGGGAAAGAAUGACCCCCGCAGCUGGUGACAGAUAUUGGAGCGUCAAAGUCGAAGCAACUCAUAUUCCAGCGGCGGAGAAAUGGCUGAGAGUCGCUUUCGAGGAGGACCGGAACACUCGGGUGAAUGCGAGCAUGAUCUCCCGGUUGCUGGCUGGGGAGCCCCCGGGGGAGCCCCUCCACGCCCCGGCUGAACGUCACGACAUCCUGGCCUUCUCAUGCAAGAUGAUGCGCAAAAGCGACGGCGGAGAAGUGCGCGCGCUUAUUGAUAAGGCGGCGCUUUUCACGGUGGAGGUCUGGCCCAGGCGCUGGGAAGAGUCAGAUUUUCAGAGGUAUCUGCUCGAACUUACCCUCAUCAGCAGGUGA